AUGAUAGUCAAAAGGAGCGAUUUUUUGUAUAGAAGGGUUUUCAAGAAAACGUCACCAAACAAUAAACUGACAUUAUAUUUAAGUUCGAGAGAUUUGGUCGUAUCUGCUGGAAGAAUUGACCGACUUCAGGGAGUUUUACUUGUAGAUCCCGAUUUUGUAAACCAGCGAAAAGUCUUUGGUCAAGUGACUCUCACAUUCAGGUACGGUCGCGAAGACGAAGAAGUAAUGGGCCUGAAGUUUUGCAAUGAAGCCGUGAUGUGCCUGGCGCAGUUGUACCCUCCGCAUCCGGCUGUUCAAACUCCCGAGGGAAACACUCCACUACAGUGGGCGGGGUUUCACUCAAGGCUGCGCUGCCAACCCAACUCACUACACAUUUACAAACAUCCAUUCCCGAAACAGGAUUCCAACCAGAGACCCUUAACAACAAUCUUAAGCGUGAAGCGCGGACGGAAUCGGACCAGACCGGACGGCAAAAAUUCCGUAGCUGUGUACCAUGCGCACACUUAUCCUGACGGAAUCGGCGCAGAAUGGCCCGAUCUGCCGUCCGUUCCGGGCCGGUUCCGUCCGGACUAG